UGCUGCUGCUGCUGCUGCUGCUGCGGACCUUUGGCCGCCACGAGCCAACCAACAUUCGGCCAUUUUAUUUCGUCCACCCCAUCCAGCCGUCGCCCUCGCCGUCGCAGUCACCCUCCACGUCCUAGCUCGAGCUUCUCUUCUUCGCCGCCGCAUCCAGCUGUUGCGCAAGCGUGAAGACGGUUUGGGGGCAUCCUAUACACGCCAGCCAUCCGCACUUGCAGUUAGCCUAGCUGUCUGGGGCGAAUCCCUUCUUCCUCGUCUCUUGGGACCUUGCUGCCCGUCAGCUUUCGUCGGCCUCGCCCGUCCCAUCCCUACAUCUAAAUACCUAACACAUACACACGCAGGCACAGCACAAUGUCGGCACCGACAAGGAGAAGAGAGCAGCUGCGCCGGCAGCCUGGCUCGCGCACGUCGCUGCGUAACCUGCUGUGGGCUGUUGCGGCAGCUGCCACAGCGCCCGUCGCCUCGGCCACGGCGCUCGACUGCAAAAAGGUCGUUGUCGACGGCCAAACAUUCGACUUUGGCAAGUUAGCGGGGCCGCACACAGUCGUUACCACGGAAUCAAAGCCGCCGAGCUAUUAUAAUACAACGUACACGCUCGACAUUUGCGCGCCGCUAAAGCGCAAGGACAAGGCCGAGAAGGACUUUGAGUGCCCCGAGGGGUCGCGGGUCUGCGCCAUCAUACAUCACUGGAACGCGGACAAGAAGGCAGACGAGAUCGAGCAGGUGAUACCCAUAGCCGGCGGUAGCGCGGGCGGCGACUACGAGAGCUGGGAGGCGAAGCGGCUGCAGCCGACAGGGGGUGAGGGAGGGAGCAGCGACAGCCAGGACAAGGACAAGGGCGUGCAGAUCACGCUCAAGGGCGCCGCCCUGUACCAGCAGCGCGAGCAGCUGGCCGUCGUCGAUUUCCGGUGCAACCCCAAGCUCGACGGCACCGAGGGCGAGUGGGAGUCGGAGGACGAGUACGUCAAGCCCAGCGCAGACGAGGGCGGCGACGACAAGAAGCCCCCCGCUGGCGGCGGCGAGCCCGAGAAGCAGCGCAAAAAGGACGGCGCCGCCCUCAUCUGGGAUGGCUACAAGCGCUCGGCCGACGACAAGACGGACACGCUGUACCUGACGUGGUACUCCAAAUACGCGUGCGAAGCCAAGGUGGAGGGGCCGGGCCAGGAGAGCAGCCACUGGGGCCUGUUUACGUGGCUGGUCGUGCUGUGAGUUUUUUCUCGUCCCUCCCGAGAGUGAAUACCUGCUGACCGUGUUUUCAAUGCCCUAGUGUCUUUCUCGCUAUUGCGACAU